GCUGUGUCAGAAAUGCUGCCCUACCUGGCAGUCUCUGGGCACAACCUCUACACCAAAUCAGCCCGCCUCUAUGUGCAGCGGAUGAGCAAGCUCAAUGAUGAUCGAACAUCCAGAUGUGUACCAACGAUUCGAAGAAGGGUUCCAUGUUGUCAGAAGAAGUGAUCGCCUAUGGGCUGGUCUGUCCGUAGAUCUCACCAUCGAACAGGUCCUGAUGAGGAGUAUGAAGACCAGCAGUGGCCUGACGAGAGGGCGAGGCAUGACAGAGCAACAGCGUCUCAUAUGGCUGCUCCCCAUGCCUGCCUGUGCUGAAGUCAACAAUGCUAUGCAGCAGCUCACAGGUGUCAACUACAACACUGGUGGAGAAAACAAGGACAUGACAAAUGCUAGACAAGCACGGGACAUGAAAGACACACAUGCAGUUAUCAGCUAUCUGCAAGAGAGAACACCCUUCAGCUCAGAUCCGAGCUUGCGCAGCAUCUCGACAGGGGUGCAUGCAACCAGCACAGUCAAUGUGGACUCAGCGAAAACUGUUGGAACAGCUAUCCUGACCAACAUGGAUGGACAAACUGCUGCUGACUACACAUUCAAGAGGAAGGAUCAGGCCAUUACCUUGGCUGCGAAAUCGGCAGUAAAGAUUGAUGGUGAGGCAGUACAGGUGGAUCCCCAGCUGCUUUUCCAGCGACUGACAAUUGCUGCAAAAGCUACAGAGGAUCUGGAGUCUGUGUUCAAAUAUGAGCUGUGCAGUUACCCACCAGCUCUGUUUGAUUCCACACUGCUGCUCCGACAGCCACAGAA